AUGAUCACUGAUAAUACAGAAGAUCUCUUUAUUUGUGGUAAAUGUCAUGCGAAUUUUACUGAUUUAAAUCAUUUUCUAACUCACCGAUCUAUUUGUAAUGGUCAACAAUCAGCGAAUCUAUUUUCAUUAUCAAAUAGCCCAUCAUCAACAUUACUUGAAAGAGAACUAGCCGCUAUCAUUGAAGAUGUUUCACUAACUAUUGCAUCAACACCAAAUUUAUUCUAUCAACCUUUGAAUACAGAAGUUUCAACAACAAACGAUUUUGAUUUAUUAUUUUCUGAACCUGUUGGACAGGUUGCUGUUAAUAAUGAAAUAGUAAAAACCAAUAUUUCCGAUGUGACAGAUAGUUCGUGUAUUGAAAACAGUAUGUCUCAAUUGAGUCUAUUGGAAUGUCCAGUAUGCGAUGAACAAUUUGACGCACCAACAGUAUUAGAAAAUCAUGUUUUUGAACACUCGACUUGGAUAGAUGACGAUGAAAAUACGAAUUCUAAAGCCGGUUUACCUUUUGACGAUUCAUCAUCGAGUUAUACUGAUCUUAUUGAUGAGCAAUCAACCGUGCCUUUGGAAUGCAAACAAUGUACCGUCACAUUCAGUUCAAAUGCAUCAUUGAAUAUACAUAAAAAAAUGAUUCAUUGUCUUAACCCUGUAUUUCGCUGUUUAAAUGAAGCUUGCUCUCAACUAUUCGACAAACCUGUUGAUUAUAUUCUUCAUGCUCGUAUUCAUAGUCAAAAACGGCAUAUUGGUGCUCGACGAUCAUCACGCAGUAAUAUUUAUCAUCGUCAUCGCAAGCGUAUAUACCGCUGUCGACUAUGUAAAAACUCUUUUCAAACAUCUGAACAAUUACAAUAUCAUAUGCAUAAUGAAACACAUAAAUUUAUUUGUCAACUAUGUCCGGCUGAAUUCGAAUCGAAUAAUUCCUAUCAUAAUCAUAUAGCAAAACAUUCCGAUCUUGCACUUUACCGUUGCACAGUAUGCAUUGAAUCAUUUCAAAAACGAAAUGAAUUAUCAAAACAUGUCGUAACACAACAUAAUGAAGAUUUACCGAAGCAAAAAAGUUGUUCAACUUGUAAAUUAACAUUUAAAACAACAUUUCAUUUAAAUCGACAUAAUGUUACCAAACACUCGGAUGUAAAACCAUUUAAAUGCGAACAAGAUGGUUGCGAGCAAGCGUUCGCUCGAAAAGAUAAAUUAAAGCAACAUGCAGCAAAACAUAGUGCAUCUGGUGGACUAUUUAAAUGUCAUACAUGCGUGAAAACAUUUGUUCGGCCAGAACAUUUACGUGAUCAUGAUAUUGUACGACAUUCACAUCAAUAUCCAUUCCGGUGCGAAGUAUGCCGAAAGGGCUUUCUUCAUCAAAAUCAACUAUAUGCCCACCAUAAACAACGUCAUUCAAUGGAAAAUCAAAAUAUCAAUGACGACAUAAAAUCAUUUUCAUUCGAUCCGGCUCAACACAACCAAGAUUUUAUUAAUUGUUCAAUCGAUCUAUUCUUGGAGCCACAAUGA